AUGGAGCAGGAGGCCAACGAGCUGAGCCAGUGGCAGAAGGUGGUGGGGCACCAGCCCGUGGUGGUUACUGAGCAGUCAGUGUCCCUCCUGGACAUGUCUACAUCUCCUGGAUGCAGUGGAGCGCACAACUCUUGGAACCACGGCCCACCAGGCAUUCAACACUUUCCACAGGGCACAGAGCUGGCGAGGAUCCCCUUGGUGUCUGCUGAGGCACCCAGGCAGAAUGCGGGUGAAUUGGGGCCACAGUUCAGUAUGUCGCUGCCUGAGCAUAGUGUGAGCUACUGCUCCCAAGCAACUCUUAUGCCUUCCCAGAUGAUUUACUGUCAGGGAGUGUCUCCCUCCCAGCCAGAGAUGAUGAUUUUCAAUAAGUCCCAGAUGUUGCCCUCAGGAGAGCCCAAUGCUCCAGGGGUGCCCUUGACCUUCAGUGGGAAUCUAAGGAUGCCCUCCAGUGGGCCUCCAGUCUCCACUCCUAAUGCAAUCCCGAUGUCCCACAUUAGGGUUCCAACAGUGCCUUAUUCUGGGACCCCAACACUACCUUCUAACACAGCCUUUUUAACCAAUAGAAUGUUAUUGGCCCCAACCAUGUCUUCUACUGAGGCCCAGGCAAUGCCCCCAUCUUUGACUCAGAUAUUGCCCCCUGGAGAUCCCCACAACCUUGGAAUGCCCCCAUCUGCGUCCUCAUCAUUGCUGGAUUUAGAAUCUCAAGAUUCUCUUAUGAGCUAUCCAGACUCCCAGGAAGACCCCUUCCUACCUGAGCAGCCCAUACCUGCUCCACAGAGAGCAGAGCAGACCUCCAGGGCCCAGGAAGGGGCACCCAGUAGGAGAUCACCAGUUUCAAGACCCUACUGCUGCCAUUAUGAGAACUGUGGAAAAGCUUAUACCAAGCGCUCCCACCUUGUGAAUCACCAGCGCAAACACACAGGUGAGAGGCCCUAUGGAUGCAAGUGGGAAGGCUGUCACUGGACUUUUUCCCGUUCUGAUGAGCUUGGACGACAUAUGCGGAUACAUACCAGAUAUCGACCACAUACAUGUGACCAGUGUGGCCGACAAUUCAUGAGAUCUGAUCAUCUCAAGCAACACCUAAGGAUUCAUGUGCGGGAUCCUGGAUCCCCAGACCCACAGGCCAACAGUGAACAGAAGGAUGGACCUCCUGCUCCUGGUCUUUAG